CAAAACUCGGGAACCCCAUCAUUAACAACAAGUCUUGGAAAAUUACAUAGAAAAUCACUAAAACCUCAGUGGCACUAAGUCAAUUCUAUUGCCCACUUGUCGAACGAGUCAAGGAACCUGGCCUCAAGAGUGGGAUUGUUUUUACACGAAAUCAAGGGUCUUAAUAGCCAGAGUAAUCACGCAACUCCCUAAUUCUCCUCGUCUUCCGGCAGCAAUCUGAGUGUCAGGUCCCGAUAUAAGAUGGUGUCGACACAAGAUCCUGAGAAGCUUCACAUCGCUAUCGCUGGCGCGGGGAUCGCUGGUCUUACGGCCGCGAUCGCACUCCUCAAGCACCCACUUAUCGAGAUUUCAAUCUAUGAAAAGGCUACAGAACUGAAAGAAAUCGGUGCGAGUAUAGCACUCGGUCCAAAUGGACUACGAACACUAGAAAGAUUGGGCUUGCACGAUGCGAUCUCGGACGAGGUGGCUUUCAGAGGUCCGUCGAAUCUGCCGAUGAUCUACAGGCAUUGGAAAACGAAUGAGAUUAUCGGGAAUGAUUCACACGAGACUGUGACAGAGUAUCUGCAUCAGACGGCACGCUAUCAUCGAGGUCACCUGCAUGCAGCGCUUGCGAAUCAUGUUCCGAGCAAAAUUCUCCAUUUGAGAAAACAAAUCAUCGGCGUCGAAGUAGAUCCAACUGAAGGCGUAACUUUGAAGUUCAAGGACGGGACUACUGCUACAGCUGAUUUACUUUUUGGUGCUGAUGGCUUGCAUUCGGGAGUGAGACAAUCAUUUGUACCCAAUUUUGUGCUCAAGUGGAGUGGAUGGACUGCUUUCCGUGCUGCAUUUGAUGCUUCUCACGUAGACUCCAUUCGGGAUUUACCUGAAGAUUCAACUCAUUGGUGGGGUCCAACCACAUCGUUUUUUUCAUCUCGACUGGGCAAGAAUAGCUUUACGACAGUAGGGAGUGUGUUUGGAGAUCCAGAUGAUCCCAAUGCACUUUAUAACGACGUAUCUUGGGACGAGGAUGCCAGUUUGCAGGCCUUCCGGGAAGUCUUCAAGGACUGGAAUCCAGUAGUGAAAAAGCUAACUGAGCUCACUCCAAAUGUUCGAUUCUAUCCGAACUAUUCAACCUCUACGUAUCUAGAUACUUGGGUCUUCGGAGAUCGAGUAACGCUCAUCGGAGACGCAGCCCAUGCCCACGGCGGGGCUCACGCGACUGGCGGCUCACUUGCAAUCGAUGAUGCAUAUACACUAUCACUUGCUCUCAAUUCGGUCUUCCCAACGACAGCAACGCGGAAACCAUCUCUAGAAGAGAUCUCAACAGCAUUAAAGUUGUAUGAGACGAUUCGAAAGCCUCAUGCUGAGAGAUUGCUGCAGCAUGUACAUACGGGGAACAAUGCGAGGAUACAGAAAUUGAGAAGUGGGAAGAUAGAGCCGGAUGAGGAAUUGAGAGCUAGAGCUGCGAAGGGAUCGAGUACGAAUUGGUUACAUGAGCAUGAUGUCGUCAAGGCUUUUGAGGAGGCGCUGGAGAAGAGUAGGGAGGAUGUGAGUGGAUUUGAAGUAGUUUCGGCAAGACUAUGACGAGAGAAGAUGAACGGACUGUGUAAGAAAUAUCUAUAUUAGACAAUCUGGGCCUCUAGAGAGAAAAUUACAUGAAUAUGAACCGAG